AUGGGUAUAGUCAAUGGGAUCAAGAUCUUAUUGCAUAUAGGAAGUUGUAUGAUCGCACACUUCUGGAUUGAACUAUUUAGGACUAUAUUCAUCUUUACAGUUGCUACGAAUAUGGUGAUUUUAUAAUAAUACUGACAAGUAAUUAGCUACAAACAUGAGCAAAUACACCCAGUUCUACAACAACAACAGCGAUGUCGACGACGGAACAGAGAGCGACCUCGGCAUGCAAGGGAGUGCUGUACUCGUCCCUGAUGAAAUCAAUAUGAAUGGUUAUGAGAAUCCUCGCUAUGAAGACGACAACCAGCCAGAGAAUAACUCAAGUGUACAUCAAUGCAGCAUUGGAAAGAAUUCUGAUGGAUCUCCGAUGGAAGUGGCUGGAGAGGAGACUAGAUGUAAGAAAUCUUCAGAUGAGUGCAAAGUACCAAUCGUAGAUACAAAGGGCAGUGUACAGGUCCUUAAUAAUGGAAACAAACAAAUACCUCUGACAAAUUUAGCGAAAGCCCAGUUAAAAGUUAGGAGAUUUGUAGAGCAUUUAGCAGUGAGAUUAAUUGGAGUAGUAUUAGUAUUUGUGGAUAUCAUCAUCGUCAUUGUUGAUAUCAUCAUUGACCCUAAACAAGAAGCACCUCUGGAGAUUUAUGAUAUCUUCUCACUGUGUAUCUGGUUCUACUUCUUCAUUGAAAUAUGUCUAAGGAUCUUUGCCAAAGGGUCAGAAUUUUUUCACAAUAAACUGGACUUACUAGAUCUAGCUAUCGUAGUCAUCACUGGAUCAGUAACAUGGACCUAUGUCAUAGCAGACUUCACAGGCGCUAACUCGGACGUAGGAAAAAUUAUCAUGGUGUGUCGUGUACUAAGAGUGGUGAUGUUUGGCAGACUUAUUAGUGAGAGAAGGCAUGUUACAAAAGCCUCGAGGAAGUUGGUUUCUGAAAAUAAAAGAAGAUAUUUGCAAGAUGGCUUUGAUCUCGAUUUAACUUAUGUAACUGAUCGAAUCAUAGCAUCAUCGUUCCCUUCAUCUGGAAAGCAGUCAAUCUACAGGAACCCAAUAUCUGAAGUAUCACGAUUUCUAAACACAAAACAUCCAGACCAUUACAAAGUCUUCAAUCUCUGUAGUGAGAGACAUUAUGAUGAAUCUUACUUUAAUCAUCAGGUCAUCAGAGUUCAAACAGAUGACCACAAUGUACCUAAACUAGAAGAAUUGUUAAGAUUCAGUAAGAUUGCUAAAGAAUGGAUGGAAGCAGAUCCUAAGAAUGUCAUCUUUAUUCACUGUAAAGGAGGAAAGGGUCGAACAGGAACGGCAGUGUGUACGUGGUUACUAGAGAGUGAGGCGUUUCAUACAGCAAAGGAAAGCCUUGAUUUCUUUGGAAGCAGAAGAACUGAUUUAGAUGAAGGAGAUAAAUUCCAAGGAGUUCAAACGCCAAGCCAGAGUCGCUAUGUCCAUUACUUUGAACAAGUAAAAUUCAAAUAUGAAGGAAGAAUUCCAGAACCAAAGGAUCUUAUAAUAGAAAAUAUCAGGAUAAGAAAUCUAGCCGGUUUAGGUAAAGGAGAUGGCAGGGAUCUUUAUUUUGAAAUCAUCACAAACAACAUGAAGGUCUUUGAUUGCAGAUUUGAGAAUGGACUCAAUUGUCAGAGUAUAUAUGAUCAUUCUUCCGACACACUAUCAGCUCGUAUCACACACUGUCCGCUGCUUCAUGGUGAUGUCAAAAUAAGAUUCAAAUCAACAAGCAGGAAAGUACCCGAGGACUAUGAUAAUUGUGCUUUCUUCUUCUGGUUCCAUACUGCAUUCAUCACAGAUAACAGGUUUUUUCUACCCCGGGAUGAGCUUGAUAACCCACACAAGAGUAAAGCAAAGAAGAUAUACAGUGAUUUAUUCAGUGUUGAACUACAUUUCAGUGACAUAAAGACAGAAUCUAUUGCAUGAACAGUCAUCAUCAUAGGUCUAUAAUUUGUUUCUCUAGCUAGGAAGUAAUCUUGUUGUUUUGUUUACAACCAUCUCCUGUUUUAUACUGGCCAAGGAAAUAUCACAGGCUCAGUAAGGCUGGCUAUCAAUUAACGAAACUAUCACUGUAAAAAGUCUAAUCAAAUUCACUAGCAGAUCCAGCAUCAUCUACAUGUAUGCCAGAGAAUGUAUGGGCCCAUGCACAAGCAUAAUACAGUCACUAUUAUCCCAGGUAAUUAGGCCCAUGAAAUGCUACCUAGGAUCUGAUGCCUGACAUUUAUGAACACUUUUCUCAAAGAGUUUGCCAUUAUGUAAGUCUUAUAAACAUACUUUAAAAAAACAAUGUGGCUCCCCAAGUUCCUAGGGAAAAAUAACGUUAUGAAUUGUUAUCUGACAGUAUUGACUAUGUUAUACAGGAUAUGAUGGAUGUUAUUUGUAAAAAACAAGGGUAUUACUAUGCAAAUUUUCACCGAAUCUAAGAUCACAGGGUGUAUUAGGAAACAUAUUUUGAGGAUCAGAAUGAUAUCAUUCUGCACGAGGAACUAAACUUCAAGUGAUGUCUAACCAAAGAGAAAAUUAACCAGGUCCUUUUAAUGUUCAUUCAAUUGCUAAAGUAUAUAAAUUUUGAAAUUUAAAUCUUCAGUUAUCAUGUUUGGUAAUUAAGUAAAAGUAACUUUGAUAUUCCUUUUCGACAAUAAUUAAAGAUUUUGUAUGAUAGGAAUAUUGGGUAGCAUUUCAUGAAGAGUUUAGUCGGUGAUUUGCACUGAUUACCUUGCUCUCAGCCAAUCAGAUGCAAGGAUUUUCAGUAGCUUAUAACAUCUGUCAGUUCAAAUUACUCACAAAACUCUUCAUGAAACAAUCCCCAAUGUGAUGUUCCAGAAAAUACUUGUUAUAAGUAACAUUUUUUAUUACAACUUUAGCAUCAACAAAUUAAAUCAAAUGAUUUCAGUAGCUUUAAACUUGGCCCCAUC